GUGAGCGAGAGAGAGAGAGAGCGCGUGAGUGAGUGAUGCUGCACCAAGGCGCACUUUCAUCCUCCUCCAUUGGGAAGAGCGCGCGCUGACAGCAGUCCAUGUUCCCAUCCAUUCUGCGUUUAAGUGUGACUCGUUCCGCCAAACAGUGAGCGUGACAGGCGAGAGAACGCACUUGGCUAUGUUCUCAGCGCACCUCAGUAGUGCGCACUUGUGCGUCAGACACACCAAAUUCACUAAAACAAUCCCCGUGUGGCCCGGAAGACUCCCCUGUUUCCAAUGAUGACUUGUUUUCUCCCUCCUUUUUCCUUUCUUCCCCAGUUUUUUUUUCUUUCUCCCCUCCAUUCAGAAGUGUUGCGUGUUCAGUAAGCAACUCGGAGCAUCAGUGUGAGUGAGAGUGCAACUGAAAGCAGUCGAGUCCAUCCGUCUGAGGAGGAGGAGGAGGAGGAGGAGGAAUUACAGGGGAAAAGUAAAGCGCGAAGGUUCCAACGCCGUUCUUGUGGACCGUAGACUUUUUUUCCCUUUCUUUUUUAAAGGACACACAUCGUGCUGUUUAGCUGGAUACCGACUCAAGCUGUUCGAUUUUCUCCUGCGAAGAGAUUUUUUUUCUUUUCCUCUUUCCUAUUUCACUCCACUUGAGUCUCGGCUUCACGGCACUUCAUCUCCUAAAGCGGCGAUGGUGCUGCGUGACGCGAAUUAAGAAGAGUUUUUUCACCCCUCUACAUUUGUCAAGAAAGCAAAGAAAUUACAGACCUCCCAAGACAAAUCCCCACCCACUCUGAGCAUGGACUUGUUGAGCGAAUCCCAUGUGCUGGUGCUUUUCCUCACCUGCCUGGUGUCGCUGUGCUUGGCCCAGGAGAAGGAUUACACAGUAAAGGAGGAACAGCCGGAGAACGUGCGCAUCGGGAACCUGCGCAAAGACUUGGACCUAAACCUGGACCCCAAUGUUAAGCUGUCCUCAGCCCUGGAGUUCAAACCUGUCUACAAGUCAGGAGAGGUUCCUUUAGUGAGGGUGGAGGCCAGCACGGGUGAGAUCUUCACCACCUCGAAUCGCAUCGACCGUGAGAAGCUGUGCUCCGGAGUCUUCAAUGAGAAACGCUGCUUCUAUGAGAUUGAGGUGGCUGUGUUGCCCGACGAGAUCUUUCGCUUGGUCAAGAUUCGCUUCCUUAUUGAAGAUAUCAAUGACAACGCCCCUCUGUUCCAGUCUACCGUCAUUAACAUCUCCAUUCCCGAGAACACAGCUAUCAAUAACCGCUAUCCGGUACCCUCAGCCUUCGACCCGGACGUGGGGCUUAAUGGCAUUCAGCAUUAUGAACUUGUCAAGAGUGUGAGCGAGUUUGGCCUGGACAUCAUUGAAACUCCGGAGGGAGACAAGUGGCCCCAACUCAUAGUCCAACAAAAUUUGGAUCGAGAAACCAAGGACACUUUUGUGAUGAAAAUCAAAGUGGAAGAUGGUGGCACACCUCCAAAGUCCAGCACAGCCAUCCUCCAGGUCACUGUCUCCGAUGUAAAUGACAAUCGCCCAGUGUUCAAGGACAGUGAGGUGGAGGUAAACGUGCCAGAGAAUGCCCCUAUGGGGACAUCAGUCACUCAACUCCAUGCCACUGAUGCUGAUCUUGGCUCCAAUGCUCAGAUCCACUUUUCCUUUAGCAAUCAAAUCUCUUUGGUAUCCAGACGGCACUUUGCUAUUGACAGUUCUACUGGAUUGAUUACAAUCAAGCAGCCAUUGGACAGGGAAUCCAACCCAGUCCACAAGCUUAUAGUCCUGGCAAGUGACGGUAGCACCACACCUUCAAGGGCUACUGUCAUAGUAAACGUAACAGACAUUAAUGACAAUGUUCCGUCCAUUGACACUCGGUAUAUAAUAAACCUUGUAAAUGGCACAGUACUGUUGUCUGAAAAUGCCCCUCUAAACACAAAAAUAGCUCUAAUUACAGUGACUGACAAGGAUGCUGACCUUAAUGGUAAAGUGACGUGUUACACGGAUCAUGACGUACCCUUUCGGUUGAAGCCUGUUUUUAAUGACCAAUUCUUGUUGGAAACUGCAGCUCCCUUAGAUUACGAGACUACUCGGGAGUAUGCAAUUAAGAUAGUAGCUUCAGAUUCAGGGAAACCUCCUUUAAACACGUCCGCAAUGAUCCUCAUUAAAAUCAAGGAUGAGAAUGAUAAUAUCCCAGUUUUCCCCCAGCCAGAGAUUCAGCUGUCCAUCCCAGAGAACAAUGACCCUGGCACACAGCUGAUAAAGAUCAGUGCCACGGAUGCAGACAGUGGUUCUAAUGCCCUUAUUAUUUAUACCCUUGGUCCAGACGCACCUGAUGGGUUUAACAUAGAUUCCAGGUCUGGUAUACUCUCCGUCAGCAAGCGACUAGACAGAGAAAAACAGGAAACCUAUUCAUUUACAGUCAUUGCCAAGGAUAAUGGUUCUAAUCCUCUGCAAAGCAAUGUCACUGUGAAGCUAAUUGUCCAAGACCAAAAUGACAACAGUCCAGCCUUCACCCAUCCUGAGUACAAUUUCUACGUGCCUGAGAACUUGCCUUUAUAUGGCACAGUUGGCUUGAUUACAGUUACAGACGCAGAUGCUGGUGAUAAUUCAGUGGUUACCCUCUCAAUCAUAAAUGGGAAGGACAAUUUUAUCAUUGACCCCAAAACUGGCGUAAUUAAACCAAACAUUACAUUCGACCGGGAGCAGCAAAGUUCAUAUACCUUUAUAGUCAAAGCUGUGGAUGGAGGAUUAAUUCAGACAACUUCAUAUGCCAAGGUUACCAUAAAUGUUGUUGAUAUUAAUGACAAUCGGCCUGUGUUUGUCAUCCCACCUUCCAACUACUCCUAUGACCUAGUCCCUUUCACAACCAGCCCUGGCUCUGUGGUGACCCGAGUGUAUGCCAUUGACAAUGACACUGGCAUGAAUGCAGAGCUGCAGUACAGCAUUAUUGGAGGUUCACCAAGAGGACUGUUUGCUAUUGACAAAACUACAGGGAACAUUACUCUGCAGGAGAAGAUUGUUAAUGCUGAUCAAGGCCUUCAUAGGUUGGUCGUAAUGGUCAAAGACUUAGGACAGCCAGACCCCUUGCAUGCAAUUGCGCUUGUUCACUUGUUUGUGAAUGAUACUGUCUCCAACGCUACAUUCAUUCAGGAGCAAGUCCGAAAAAGUAUGGAGACACCCUUGGACAGAAAUGUUGGGGACAAUGAUGUAAUCCCUCAAACCAAUGGCUAUGUAAUUGUUGUCAUAGCCAUAAUUGCUGGGACUAUGACUGUGAUAUUGGUGAUAUUUGUGACUGCUUUGGUACGUUGUCGACAAACACCCAGACACAAAGUUGUUCAGAAGGGCAAGCAAAGUGGUGAGUGGGUAUCACCAAACCAGGAAGGGCGGCAGAUCAAAAAGAAGAAGAAGAAAAAGAAGAGGUCCCCUAAGAGCUUGCUGCUGAAUUUUGUCACUAUUGAAGAAUCCAAAUCUGAAGACCCUACUCAUGAGCACAUCAAUGGCACCUUAGACCUUCCAGUUGAGCUUGAGGAGCAGACAAUGGGGAAGUAUAAUUGGGCCACCACACCCACCACAUUUAAACCUGACAGCCCUGAUUUAGCCAAGCAUUAUAAGUCAGCUUCUCCCCAGCCUACCUUUCAGAUCAAACCAGAAACCCCAGUGGCUCCCAAGAAGCACCAUGUCAUUCAGGAACUCCCCUUGGACAACACAUUCGUAGUUGGCUGUGACUCUCUCUCCAAAUGCUCCUCCAGCAGCUCCGACCCCUACAGUGUCUCAGAGUGCAACUGUCAAGGGAGCUUCACGGCACCCGGGCAAAUUCACACCCGACAGAGCCAGAACCAGACCCCAGACAAGACACUGACUGCACUUCCUUCCACUUGUCCCCAUAAGCAGAGUCAGCGGCGUGUGACCUUUCACCUUCCGGAUGGUUCUCAGGAAAGCUGUAACGCUACUGGGCCAGUGGAACAGGAGGUGGGCAGCAGUGCCAUUGCCACCAGCACUACUCAGUCGCUGCCAUUGGGAUUCCCACAGGAUGAGUACUAUGAGCAGACAUCGCCCAACAGCCGCACCGAGGGUGAUGGCAACUCUGACCCCGAGUCUACUAUUGAAGUGAACCUGCAGAAGGCCAUGGCUGAAGCCUCGGAGACCUGCACCCAGGAAUGUCUGAUCCUCGGCCAUUCUGACAGCUGCUGGAUGCCCCCGGCGGUGACCCAGUUCCAGACGACUGCUGCUGCCACGUUGCCCUCAUUCAGCCUUCAGCAGAGCUGGGCACGCAGCGGCGCCAUGCCAGACGGGCGUCACACCCUCGGCAGAUCUGUGCCCAGAGAUGAUCUGGACAAAGGGAGCAAUCGGCCCCAGUUCUACAGCACACUGGACAGACACUGUAGCAAGAAAGAGGACGCUGUGAAGGUUAUCCCUCUGGCUAGCUUCUCUGCCACGUCAAGCCCUCAGAACUCGGGUGCUGGCGCUUCCUCCUCAUUCUUACACGAGCAUCAGCUGUAAAGCAAGAAGCAAGCAUUUCCAGUUAGUUACAGCACCACAAAUAAGUGAGUGAUAAGAAAAUCAUAACUAAGUUGACAACUGACAAAAGAAUAUCUUAACAAAAUUUAUCAUCCGUCUGUAUUUGCAAUGCUUAUAAAAGGAUUUCUUUUUUUGUGUCUUUGUCAGGAUAGAAAUCAAUUAAGUGAAUGGACAGUCAGAAUACUCUCAAAACACCAGACUCUAUAAUCACCAGACUGCAUAAUCUACAAGUAGAUCUAAACCAAAGUAGCAUCUCAAAUGAAAAACAGAGUUAAAAAAAACAUAUAAAAAUAAAACAAAACAGACAAAAAAACAUAUAAAAACAAAAAGCAAAAAAAAAAACAACAAAAAAAGCUGUGUCUCUAUGGUAGGUAGCAGCUAACGAAUCAAGCUUCAGAGAUGAUGUCAAUGUUUUUUGAGCCUUUUAAAUAUGAUGUAAUUAUGAAACACACACAUAUAUGCUGUUGAAUGAAGUUAGUGAGGUGUUAUUUGCGUGAGUGAUUGCAACGUUAGCUUCAGUGAGAUACAGUGAGUAUAUAGCGUGAAUUGUUUCUAGCAAGAUUUUCUCCUCAUCUGAGUGCUGCAGAGACUUUGUCCAGACAACAGAUAAGUUAUUAUGCCUCACUGCAAACAUUUCUCUUACUCUCUAAUAACAUGUAGAAAGUUUUUACAAGCCCCUUUUUUUCUCCUUAUGAAAUCAGCUUCUAUUUUUCUGCAUAAACUGAAAAGUGAGGCUUCUUCUGAUGUCUGUAGUUUCCAUGCAUCUGACACCCUUUUUUCUCCCAUUAUUAGGAACCUACUCAUUUUCUUAUUAACCAAGCCUGGGAAGGCACAGACAGAUGUGUUAAAGAGCCUUUCUUUGUUUUCCUUCUCUUCUACAUCAAGUUUCGCUCUUGAAAUAUACAAUUUAUGCACCAUAACAAGUGCUAUGGAACCAAUUAUGAGAAUCUCCUGAUAGUAUAAUUACUUUGAUCUGUAAUCACCGUAGCAGCCAUAGCCGUGGAAGACUGCUCUGUAAUAGUAUAAUUGGCUUACUUUUUCUUUGCAUGCAUGUCUGUGUGUGUUACCUUUGUGGAACACUACUUUUUUUUUUUUUUAAAGAAAAAUUGACAAAAAAAACAUAACACGAGGUCCCUAAGUUCCUGAUGUGGAUUGUUCUUUGGUUUGUGCUUCACUCAAGCACCUCAAACUUAUUUGUGACCUGUACGCUUUUAGACUACUAAACAGAAGCCUCCCCCCCCCUUUCCGUCCACAUUGUAGCUUUCCAUAACUAGUUAUGAGUUGUAUCUGGUAAAAUGAAUCUGUGUGCAUCAUGCAGACCUAAAGACUUACAGCAGACAGUGUCAAUCAUAAGGCCACCAAACAAUAACAACACUGAACUGUAAUUACAAACAUCACAGUACAGUUAAUUAGGCAUUUCCUUUUCUUUUUUUUCCUCUUUGCUUCUUUGAAUAAAACAAAGUCCCAUGCACUCUUUUAUUUUUCAUAUUAAUUUGGAAUUAGGCAGACCCCAAAAGAGCCAGCUCCAGCAAGCAUGCUUUCUUUAAUUCAGCAAUUCUGCUUAGUACAUACUGAUGAAGCCCAAGCAUUUGAGUUAGUGAUCCAAAAAAUUACUUUCUUAUAAAUUAGGUGGAAUAGCAGUGGAAGAAUGUAUGCCAGGAGAGUGGUAUGAUGAGACUGGGUCUGCGGUAUUGCUCAUUGAUCUGAGAGAAUGCACAGUUGCAUUGGCAGCAACUCCCUGGACUACAGCAAAAAAAUCCCUUUAAAGCUGUUAAUCAAUGAGAAGAACUAUAGGAUGGUACUGCGUCAAGGGAUACUGCCAUAGACUGGCUAUACAGUGGAACACUUUAUUUUCUGCUUACUAAGACUGGAUCAUUUGAAUAGAGAUUUUAAUGCCUGUUGGAUGAACACAAGCUCUACUUAUCGAAGGGAUAGAUCUCUAAACUGGAAGGCUAAAAAUGCUAAUGACUAACUUAUGGUAGCCUAGAAAUUCUAGAAAUGCAUACGUUUCGUCAUUAAGUUGUUGGUAAUUAUGAGCUGGCAAUUAUAAUAAGCAAAUUUACAUAUAUACUUUGCAGUUUUUGAACUGUUCUACUUCCCAGUUCAGUCUGGGGGGAAAAUACAUAUAUUAAAAUUUGCAUAUUGUUUUCAAACUGAAUGCAUCCACAAAAGCUGAACAACAUUUAAACAGAAAACUUAAUUCUCCCACAAUGCCAUGCAAUGUCAGUUCACACCUAUCUGAAGAAAACUUAAUAAUGCAAACUUCAUAAAAAAAUAUAUAUUCAAUAAAUAUGCGUAUAUAUUGUGUGCAACUAGUUAAGUAAAGUUACAUUUGGUGCCAAAGGUCUCGCAAGUGGAAAAAAAAACCUGUCAAAUCACUAAUAGGAAAAUGCAUAAAUGUAUACUAUGUUCAUGACAAUUCUCCCUUUUAACACUUUUUAUAUGUUUUAUAUCUUACUAUCCAGUGCAUUGUGAAAGCAACAUCAGCAACUUUAAAACAAAAGCAUUUAUUUUUUAAUACUUUGUACUAUCACACGGGAAAAUUCCUAUCCCACUAUCCCUCAACUUUUGCAUUUACAUGACCUUGAGAGUAGGUUGUGACCUUUGACCCCUGGCUCAUGUGUGAUGGUGAUGAGGCGCAUUGUGACCACUUUUGGAUUGUGCUAUAGAUCUGAACUUGACAGUCAUGACAGUAAUAAUCACUGAUAAUGCAAGCUCUCUUUAAUAUCAACAUGUCAAGUCACUGGUGCAUUAUUUACGCAGAAAUCAAAUCAACUUUCAUCAUCAUGUGGCAAAAAAGGGAAAGACAAUGAAGGGGAAAAAAUAUGUAUAUAUGUUUAGAAGUAACCUCAGAUGACAUUAUCUGACAAACCAUUGGCAAAGGGAAGUGUGGUUGGUGUAUCUUGAACAUGAUAAAAUACACAAAAAAAGCAGAAUUUAUAAAUUUAUAACAUUGAGACAAUCUUCAUCAUAAUGUAGGAAGUCAUUAUGCAUAUAUCAGUGUAUGUGUGCGCGGGUGUCUUAGUGUGUGUGCAUGUAUGUAUACUGGCACAGAGAUGGUCAGAAUAAUGUACACACCAUGCAUCUUGUAUAAAGCAGGAAAACAAUAUGAACCUAUUGCUAUAUUAUAUCUGCUUGUAACUUAAUCAUUUGUUGUAUUUCACAAUUGCUUUGAAAGAUGACAGCUUUGAUAUGUGCCAGCAGUACACUAUUAAACAAUAAAAAAAAAUAUAUACUGUGUAUUGUCUUGCCCCUGUAAAAUAUCCCUUCAGAAUCUAAAAAAAAAUACAU